AUGGCAACGGACAAGGAUAAAGCAGCAACCUUAGCUGCAGCUUCUGAUUUUAUUGACUUUCUUAAUGCUUCACCUUCACCUUUCCAUGCUGUUCAUGAAGCUUCUGUACGUUUAGAAAGAGCUGGUUUUCAACGGCUCAGCGAAAAGGAUGACUGGGAACUACAGAAGCACGGAAAAUACUAUUUUACACGGAACGGUUCUUCAAUCGUUGCUUUUGUCGUAGGCGGCAAAUACCAACCCGCGAAUCAUCAAUCCGGAUUUUCGAUUGUAGGGGCUCAUACAGAUAGUCCGUGCUUAAAAGUUAAACCUAUUUCGAAAAAAGAAAAUGUCGGCUAUCUUGAAGUGGGCGUGCAGCUCUAUGGUGGUGGUAUAUGGCAUACAUGGUUUGAUCGAGACUUGGGUAUAGCAGGCCGCGUGAUGGUCCAACAAAACGAUGGGUCCUAUAAGCAUACACUAGUGCACAUCAAAAAACCGGUUUUGCGUGUGCCCACACUAGCUAUUCAUUUAGACGGCUCAGUAAAUGAAGUUUUCAAGUUCAACAAAGAGAAUCAUAUGUUACCUAUCCUUGCCACUACUGCUAAAUCCGUGCUGAACGCUGUGGAUGCGACUACAGAAAAUAAUGGGCCCGAUUCCGAUCAAACAAAAAAGCAUCACCCUGCGUUGAUUCAUAUGUUAGCUGAGACGAUGCACAUAGACCCCACACAAAUUGGAGAUUUCGAAUUGUGUUUGUUUGAUACACAACCUGCAACGCUAGGCGGUGUAAAUGAUGAGUUUAUUUUUUCCGCAAGAUUAGAUAAUCUCGGCAUGUCUUACUGUUCGCUCAUGGCACUGAUUGAAUCCAGUGCAAGUUCAGUAGCUGAUGACCCUAAUAUUCGACUCAUUACGUUAUUUGAUAAUGAGGAAAUCGGCAGUACAUCUGCCCAUGGAGCCAACUCAAAUCUUUUACCCAGCACUUUGGAACGCAUAUUAUCAUCUUCUGUGGAUGGCAAAACUUUAUCACCAAAUACUUCCAUGAAAGUGACGUUUGAGAGAGCUAUUCAUCGCAGUUUGUUGGUGAGUGCAGAUAUGGCGCACGCCGUUCAUCCCAAUUAUGCUGAAAAGUAUGAGGAAAACCAUAGGCCUCACUUACACAAAGGAACUGUUAUUAAAGUCAACGCGAAUCAGCGAUAUGCUACCACAGCACCUACUAGUUUGAUAUUGAAGGAAAUUGCACGCCAAAGAGACAUACCCAUUCAGGAGUUUGUUGUUCGCAAUGACUCACCAUGUGGUUCAACGAUUGGUCCUAUGUUGAGUGCUAAGCUUGGAUUACGUACCAUUGACGUUGGUAAUCCACAAUUAAGCAUGCACUCUAUAAGAGAGGUAGGAGGAGUAGAUGACGUUAAACAUGGCAUCCAUUUAUUGAAGGCCUUCUUUGAAUUAUUCCCUUCUGUGGACUCAAAAAUCAUUGUUGAUUAA